AUGCAGUUUUGUGUGUCACCUUUUAUUUCUCUCCCAUUUCCAAAGGCCAAGAAACUCUCUUCUCUCUAUUUUCUGCAACUUGCUGAUAAUCAAAUCAUGAGUAACACGAUGAAUGAGUAUCCUAAUUUUUUCAAAGUCUUCCUUCCAGAAAAACACUCUGACAGAAUGCUUAUUCCAGUUGCUUUUGUGAAGCUGAUGAUUUCAAAACAAAAUGUAUUGAGAGAUUAUAUCUUUAGAGAUCAAAGAGGAAGAGAUUGGAAAGUCAAAGCACGACCUAUUGACGGAAAGCUUUAUUUUGAUGAUGGUUGGAAGCGAUUUAAAGAUGAAAAUUCUUUAGAGCAGAAUGACUUCAUUGUUUUCACACAUAUUGAAAACAAUGUGUUCAAGAUUAAAAUUCUUGAACUGUCAUCUAGGUGUGAAAAGAUUAAACUAAUGGAUGGUGAGGAAAAUAAUGAUGAUAUGAGAGAAGUCGGCGUUGGACAUGAUGAUGAUGAUAAUGUUGUUGAUGAUGAUGAUGAUGAUGAUUAUGAUUAUGACGAUGAGGGCGACGAUGAAGUUAGUAGAAAUGAAUAUCAACAUUGUAGAAUCUGCAAAUCAUGGGGCAUCGGGAGCAGCUCUACGGUUCGAAAACUUGACGUCGAUGAAAUUGAUGCUGAAAUGUAUAUUCAGCCCGGAAAUCCCUACUUUUUUCCAAAAUAUUAUCAUUACAGACCGAACGAAUUGCAUAUUCCUAAGAAGGUUGUUAAGGAUUUCUGCCUCUGCUUCACAAAACAUGUCAACCUUGUAUGCUGUAACUGCAAGGAUAUUGAAAGCAAUGAAAUAGCAUCCUAUCAUGAGACGUUGCCAACAAUGACCACAAAACAUAGGAAAAAGAGGGGAGAAAUACGUAUAUGGAAAAACGGCCGAGUAUUUGCGCUGGGAUGGGCAAAUUUCUGUGCUAAGUACAAGAUCAAAGAAAGUGAUAGCUGCUUGUGUGAAAUUGUGUUGCAUGAGGAGAAAGAAAUAAAAAUGAUAAGGGUGCACGUCAUUAGGAAGAUUAUGAAGGAGUGA